CGACAACACUUCAGACUAUCUUGCUCAGAUUGCUGUUUUUUUACCAAAUUUGAAUUGUUAAUUAAUAGCUAAGUCGGUUGCUUUAAGUUUAUUCCUUGAUGGAGGGUUUCGAGUAUGUGGUCAAUCCGCCAGUUUGGCCCACUGUUGGUUUCCUAAGGAAAAUUCAUAGGGACUCGAAGAAUGCUUUCUGUCGCGAUAGCUAUGGUAAAACUCAGCCUGCGAUGGUUAGUCCUAAUACCUACGACGUAUCCAAACCCAUAGGAUUUAAGUACCCAUCGAAAGCUGGAUUUUCUUCCUUGGCUAGCAAAUCGCCUCGCCUUCCCCCCUUUCGCGAAUUAGGCUAUCCCCCCAUUGGAACCUAUUUCACCGACUUUCCUGGAACGCAGUAUUAUUUCACCUUUAACAAGUAUGUCGUGCCUGAUCAAAAAUGGAUGACACCCGGACCCUCCACUUACUCGCACCAUCUGAAAUAUCCGGAUUGGAAUGUGGAGACAGCGUUUGGGAGCAAGCGCAUCAUCUGGCCAGCGGUGGCGGUAUUCUGUGCUCCCCAAAACAACACCAAGUGCUCGAUUUGUGGCCAAAAGCCGGUGGGCGACUACUUCCACAACUUUGGUAGCGAUGCGGACAUGUGUCGCAAGUGCAUGCAUGUCCAGGUGGCAGCAAUAAAGAAGUGCAACCUGCAGGUGACUGAAAGGUUUAGUCGCCAGCAGAAGAUCAAUCAGUUUGUCCCAGCUCGGUAUUGCGGAUUUUUUCACAUUCAUGAUGGCACUACGGCCACUAUUGAAAGGGAGUCUAGAAAGGUGCUGCGCCAGAAGAUUCGUGUGGAAAAUUACCUGUACCGUUUGAAUGCAAAGGAAGAAUAGGGCCGAGAAAAUAUUGUUUAUUAAUAUGCCCAGGGAUCAUUAUUCCGUUCAAGCAGAAACUUUCAAUAAAAUAUGUUAUGUCAUUACCCCUGAAAA